AUGGAUAUUCUAUUUGAUCCUGAUGAGCGUAGAGUGAGGGCGAAUAACUUGAUUGCAACGUUGCCAAUGUUGGAAAAAGAAUAUUCAGUUUAUUUUAAGAUAAAACCAUGGUAUUUUGGUCUUCAAUGUCUUAUCCAUAUGACUAACCGUAAUGAUGUUGGAUAUUAUGGAGAGAGAACUCCAGGAGUAUUUUUGUUUGAAAAUGGAGAAGUGCAUAUUGGUUCUGCUGUUAAUGGAGAAUAUAACUAUGGAACUAAUACUGAAAAAAUACCACUUUAUGAGUGGUCAAGUUUGCAAAUAAUGCAAACUCAAACAAAUGGAACUUAUUUUUAUAAAGUAUAUUUAAAUGGAAUAAAAAUUUUUAGCAUUAUAAAUACAAAGCCACAGUCAUUCGAAAAUGUCAAAGUCUAUAGUGGAGACCCAUGGUAUAACCAUGGAAAUGUUUCUAUCGAAGAUCUCAGAAUUAAAACCGGAAAUGGAUCAUUAUGGGCACAAUGGGGUGAAUGGUCUUGCUGCAAUGCAUCGAGUGUUACAUGUAGAAACCGCAAUUGCAGCUUUGAUAAACCAAAUGAUUGUGUUGAAAAUGAUGCUGAAACAAAAUCUUGUAAUUUUUCCAUUAUAGAUGUAACCAAUACAUUAUGGAAAGUUUUAAAUACUAUCACUCUUCAAGGAUAUCUUCUCACAAUAAACUUACAGAUUUACCCAACAUUUGAAGCUUCAAUAAACACAAGAGUGGAGUUUGAGUAUUUGUUGACCCCCCAUUUUAGUUUAACCUCAGAAAAUGUUGUUCAAAAAUUUGUUAAGGCUGACAAUGAUAGGUUCAAGUACAAUUUUAAAAUAACUACAAAUUCUUCUGAUUCAUUUAACUUUACUUUCAUUGCUACUUUUAAUGAUACUCAAUGUCCUAAGUCUGGUAUUUUUACAUUUGACAUUCCUUUAAAGAUAAAAACUCAAGUAGGAUCUGGAAAAGACACAGUGUUCUUCAAAACAAUCAAAAAGAUUGUGGAAUGUUUUGCAUAUCCAAAAAUUCCAGUUGUUGUUGAUAAUCUAGUCCUUAAAGAAAGCUAUGGUCGUGGAAUUUAUUGGGAUGCAUAUAACUUCAAUAUUUAUGUCUGCAUGAAUCAACAUUUUCCGAGUUCGAGUGUAGCAUGCUAUAUCUCAAAUGACGAUGGAAGUUCGUGGUAUGAACUAGAUGUGCAGAUUGGUUCAAUUCUUGGUCAUCACUUGUUAACAAAAGAGCUCUAUGCAAUUCAUCGUAAUCAAAAAUUAUAUAUGAUGUUUCACAACAGCUAUAACAAAUGGUUAUCCAUAACGAAUAAUCAGUUUCAAAGCGCUUCCAGAUACAUUGAUUCUACACUGCGAAUAAAUUUGGAAGGCAAUUAUAAUCAAAUUCACACUCUAGGACCAAACCAAUGGUUAGUUUUCUCCGGUUUUAAACAACGCAAGCCAGAACAUUUUUGACCGAAUUUGAAUACCUGACAGGCUUUUCGUCAAUGGAAACAUAAAUUUUUUUUAAAUAACUGCAAUUUCAAGUAACUUGCGGAUGUUUGGGUGCGUAUGUAAAAAACUCUAACUACAGGGAAUAUAAAUCGCUUCAAAUACGCUUUCA